AUGGACGUGAGAAUGAUAGGAAGAACCAAAAGAAAAUCCCUUCUAAUUGCUCUCCCAACUCUGUUUGGGCCAUUGAUUUUGGGGGGUUUUGUAGCUACUCUUUUACUCAAAGACUUAGAUUUAACAGAGCAGCCCAAAGUAGCUUUAAUGAUCAGUUUACACAGCAUGGUCUCACUGCCCGUCAUUGAAAAUGUUCUAAGUGAAUUGAAAAUUCUGAAUUCAGAGAUUGGUCAUUUGGGGCUUUCAGCAGCAUUAAUUGGUGACAUCUUAAGCCAGUUGGGUAUCAUAAUUAGUAACAUUAUAAGAGUUUAUCAAGUUAGUCCUAAAAGGGGAUUUAUCUCUUUAGUUGGAUUCUCUAUUGAGGCCUUUUUGGUUUGUUUUGUGUUUAAACCAGCAGUUGUUUGGAUAAUCAAAAGAACCCCAAAAGGGAAGCCAGUGAGUAGUACAGAUAUUCAGGCUGUUAUUUGUUUAGUUUUGUUGAGUUCUGUUGUGUCUGUUUUAUUAGCUCAACCAGCAAUUUCUGGUCCUUAUUUAUUGGGUUUAAUCAUUCCUAAUGGCUCUCCAUUGAUCAUCUCUAUGGUUGAUAAGCUCGAUUUCUUCCUUACCGAGUUGUUUAUUCCAAUUUUUAUCGCUAUGUCGGCUUUACAAGCAGAUUUGUCGAAGAUUUUCAUCGCGUUUGGGUCGAGUUUCACACAAUUCAAUAUAGUUGUUGGGUUUGUAACAUUUUCAGUCAAGGUGAUCUCUAGCUUUGUUGGUUCAUUGUAUUGCAACUUGCCUGUUCAAGACUCUUUGGCAUUGGCUUUCUUGAUGAGCAAUAAAGGCAUCGUGGAAUUGGUCUUCAUCACAAUACUCAGAGGAUAUAAUAUUAUAUCUGAUGGGCUUCUGAUAUGGCUGACAGUAAUGAUACUAAUCGUUGCAACUCUUUCUCCAUUUCCAGUGAAAUACCUAUACGACCCUUCAAUAAAAUAUGGUGCAUCUCAAAACAGGAACAUCAUGAACUUACCUAAAAACUCAGAGCUUAGAAUUCUAGUUUGUGUUCAUCAAAACAAAGACGCUCAUGGCUUGAUUCAUUUACUCAAUCUCUCAUGUCCCACAAAGCAGCAUCCACUAGCCAUUUAUGUUCUCCAUCUAGUUGAACUAGUUGGUAGAAUCACACCCAUUUUCAUUUCUCACAAACAAGAAAGCUACAACUAUCCCUUAAGUUAUCAACAAGAAUCCUUGUCUGGAGACAUAGUCCACUGUUUUGACAACUUUGAGAGAGAAAAAAAUGGGACAGUUAAUGUUGAAUGUUUCACCACAAUCACACGUCAAAAGUUCAUGUUAAGUGAGAUUUGCAAAUUGGGGCUUGAAAAAACCACAUCUCUCAUAAUAUUACCAUUUCACCAAACAUGGACAGCUGAUGGCCAUAUAGACCAAGAUGACCAAACAAUAAGGACUUUGAAUUGGGGUGUAAUUGAAAAAGGACCUUGUUCAGUGGGGAUAUUUGCAAAUAGAGGAAAUUUGGGGAGUACGAUGAGUAAUUGUGACAGUUAUGCGGUUUGUGUUAUAUUUUUAGGAGGAAAUGAUGACAGAGAAGCAAUUUCAUAUGCAAAGCGUUUGGCAAAGGAUUCAAGAGUGGAGCUUACAGUGUUGAGAUUAUUUGUGAGUUCAACAAUGGAAGAUCAAGAUGGGUCAUGUAAUGAACAUAACUGGGAAAAAAUGCUUGAUUCUGAAGCUUUAAGGGACUUUAAAAUGAACUGUUUUGGAGAUGGGAGAGUGAAAUAUAUAGAAGGAGUUAGUGAAGAUGGAACUCAUACAGCAAUGAGAGUUAGAAAAAUGGUGAAUGAAUUUGAUCUUAUGAUUGUAGGAAGAAGAAAAGGACUAGAACAAUCAUCACCUCAAACUUGGGGUCUUAGUGAAUGGAAUGAUUUUCCAGAGCUUGGAAUUCUUGGGGAUUUGAUUGUAUCACUUGAUAUUAACAUUAGAGCUUCUGUAUUGGUAAUACAACAAACAGCUGCUCAUGUAUAG